UGGAAUUGUGUUUCACAAAAUAGAUGUGCCUGACCAUCCUUUGUUUUUGUGUCAGGUUAUGAUCAAACUUUACAGUGCACUAGGCAUUUGUACUUGAAUAUUGUAUCCAUUUGUGGUCACCAAGGAACAAGAGGGACAUUGAAGGACUGGAGACAGACUAGGGAAGAGCCAAAGAUUAAGUGUACAUCAUCUAAAUUGAGGAAAGACUUGAGAAAUGAUAUUUUCAGUUUGGAACCUUGGAGACAAACUGAUUAAGGGUUCGUUGGUGACACCAGUCAAUCUGUGAAUCUGGAUCACGCGGACAUUGAUUCAAACACAUUCAUCACUUUUCCCCUGGAAAAUCAGCAGCAAGAUGAAUACCAACUUUGCCAGCUGGAUCCCCACACAGCUUACAGUGACUUCCCCUUCAUCGAUGUACUGUUGGUCAUUGACCAUCAAUGUCGGAUCCUGCAGAGUACAACAUCACCAGUGAACAAUGUCAAUAUCUUCAUGGUUUAAAUGGAAUGAGCCCUAUCACAGAUUCACACAGAAGAACCCUACAGAUAUGGUCGUGGAGACUCUCAUGAUGGAACUUAGCUGGCAGAUAAAACAAGCUGAGAAGAUGCAAAGGGAGCGAGAAGAUGAGUAUAGAAGAAUAAAAACAGGUGUGGACUACAGCUGGCUGGUCAGCCAUCCUCAACACAGUUAUGAUGUGACCCCUGGGGAGAGACUAGAGUUUGAGGAAGCAUGUUCCAAAAUCCACCCUUCUUACUGUGGACCAGUGGUACUUAGAUUUCGGCAAUUGAUCGAUGAGUAUGAACCAGAAGUGCAAGAAGUGGUGCAGUUAUUCCGAUUUGUUCUUCAGGAUACUAUAGGGAGAAUGAAGGAAGAUCAAGAAACAAGGAAACUGAUCAGGCAAUGGAGCAACAAGCGGACAGUGAGUCAGUCCAUGAUGACAUUUAAAUCUCGAGUAAGGAUCUAUCCCUUCAGUAGUAAUAUCAAGACAGUUUCAGAAGAUGUGGAGCAAAGCUUUGUAUCAGCCAGGCGAGUGUGGAGCAUGCCAGAGUUCAAGACUAUUAAAGACUUCUGAUGGAUCAUGCAAUAUAAUUUAAAUGAUUGCACAGAGUCCAUCAAAUAUACUUAAUCAUUCAAUUUAGGAUUGACUUCUUUGAACUAUUCAUUCAGAUGAUGUGGGCAGAAUUGGCAAGCUCAGCAUUUAUUGCUCCAAUUGUUCUUGGCUUGCUUGUUCACUUCAGACAAGAAUUAUAGUUAACUACAUUGCUGUAAAUCUGGAAUCAGACAGUGGGCAGACUGUGUAGAAACAGGAAAUUUCACUCCCUAGAGAGACACUGGGGAAUCAGCUGGAGUUUUUAUAACAAUCCAAUAGUAUCAUGACUACCAUUACUGAAACUUGUUUAUUAAUUCCAAAAUCUAAUUAGGUACCUGAAUUUAAAUUCCCCAUCUGCCAUGGUGGGGGUUCAGUUUAAGCCUAUCAGUAAUAUUAAGGCCUUUGAAUUGUCAGUCUUGUACAUUUUACUAAUGUACCCUCAAUCUGACAGAAAUGUGACUGCUAUGAAUGUGUAUUGCCUGCCCACUGCCAUCAACAGUUGCACUUGUGAACUUGCAGAUGAGCAUUUGAAUUGCCUAUUCCAGAAUAUAGUACAAGCGAAAUUGGUUUCUGGCAAAAUUAUAGAACAACAGUGAUUUGGAAGCCUGAUUUUAAACAACCUUCUGUUGAAUAUAAACUCAAGUGUCAUUGCACUCAAAUAUGAAUUAUUAAUUUAUGACAUGUAGUGCUGUAUACCAUGGACCAAUUGUUUUGAGGUCUAUAAAAAUAAGCCAUUAGCAUUUUAGGUAUUUUUCCACAGACAAGUCUCUGUAGUGCACAGUCAGUAAUGAAAUGUGAUGUUCAUUAGUAUUGAUACUUAUAAAAUGCAUUUUGCAAUGCAUGGCACAAAUGCACACUAUUAAGUUAUUUUCACUUAGAAAUAAGUUUUAUUUUUAAUGUCUUUAAAUAUCAUGCUAGAAUUAAACCCUUCAAAUAGUACAAUUUAGGAGCUAGGAAUGGAGCAGGGCUAACAGAAGAUUUAUUGAUAAUAUGAAUGAUAUAUAUGCAACCUGGCACAAUACAGUGAUACGCUACAUAUCAAUUGAAUGAUGCAGAUUAAUGCUUUCAAUUCCUCCAAAUCUUCCUGUCAGGUAUAAAGCAUGUGACCAACUUUGUCUCUUUCACUUCCUCCCUGUACUUCAAAGGGAAGGAAAAGAAAUUGCAGAGUGAUCAUCCUGGACCAUAUUUGUGCAUUUUGUGGCAUUGAUGGCAAAAUGGUGCACUAGGGCAAAGAAUCUAUGAAGGAUUGAAGAUCCAAGGCUAAACAUGAUGCAAGUUUCCAAUCACCUUGUUUUGUUAUGUUAUGUUGUUAUAUAUUAGAGAAAUGUCUAGCUACUUGCUAUUAUCCAUUUCAUCUCUGGUGUUCACAGCAAUGAAGCUCUUUCACCUAUUGGCUAAAUAAUUAACAGAUCUUUUGUGAAUCUGGGUCACAGAGAAUUGGAGGACGUACACUUUAAUGGUACCUGUGCUAUUAUGAAACACAGUGGAAUGAAAGGCCAUUUAUAUGAAAUGUAGUGCAUCCAAGGAUUUUACAUAUGCAAAGUUUAAAAAAAAUAAAUUUCAUAACCUAUCUCUGAAUAAAAGCUAAUGGAAAAAACAUUCUACAGUUUACUGUCUUUCCUGCAGUUCAAAGCAUAUUUUCAGCUCCUUGGGUUUGUUUGUUUUAAGCUAUAUAAAUACGAUUACUUAUGUUUUCAGAAGGCACACUAAUGGGAUUAUUUUUUAUCCUAAAGAAGCAUGCUUUUUCUGUCAGAGUGAUCCUAAUUAGAAUGGAAAUGUUCCUGACAAAACCCAUCUUCUUUAUUAAUCCAAUGCGGCAGUUAAAAUGAAAAUAUGAAUAGCAUGGAAUUUGAACACACCUAAUUUUUUCUUCUCAACAUUUAUAAAUGCACGUUUCCUUCAACCUGUUUAGAUUUUUUCAUCUGGUAAGUUACUGAUGCAACUGGCUCUCACACCCGUUAAUCGUAUUCUACAGAUGUGCAAUUAG